AUGGUUUUUUGCGCAAGCGCGUUUGCUGAUAUCUGGAAGGUAACUGUAGAGCCUGAAAUGCAGGCUCUGGUCUCAUCUUGUGUCGUGUUGCCCUGUUCAUUCAAAUACCCCGUUCAAGAACAGCCCUCUGAUCGUAUUAGAGCUAUGUGGCACAUGAAGGACAACUGGGAUGAUAUUAUUUUUCACAAAGACUCCACGAGGGUUAAAGACAGUUUCAGGGGUCGUACAAACCUGAUUGGUUCACUGGGUGGUUUCAACUGCUCCUUGGAGAUUGAUGAGGUCAAAAACCACGACAACGGGCCGUAUUGUUUCAGGGUGGAAUUAGAAACCUCUAAAAAAGACAAGUACUCCUUUGUGGAAAACUGUGUGUCGAUUAAAAUGAUCGAGCAAGCAUCAAAACCAGAGCUGCAGGCCGAGCAGUCUGUGCAGGAGGGUGAACCAGUGGUCUUCACAUGCUCUGUCCGGCACACAUGUCCGUCCCACCAGCCCACUCUCACCUGGAACCACACUGGAAAAGUCAUCAUGAGCUACAAGAACAUUGGUCAUGGAAACUGGGAAACACAGUCUGUACUGACCUUUAUCCCUCAAAAAGAGGACGAUCACAGCGCUGUCGCAUGCACAGUCAAACACUACGGGAAUGUCGAGGGCGAAAUGACAGCGUCUCACCGUAACUUUGUGAAAGGUAUAACAAUAAAACUGUUCUGUGUAAAUGUUCUUUUAAAGUAAUUAAGUGUUUUUUGU